CCUCCCUUUUGCCCACUGAUUAGAAAGGGUUCACGUCACUCCGGUAAACGAAACAAAAAAAAAAAGCGGAAGCGGCAGGAAGUUCAGCGAUGCAACAUGGAGAAGGGGAAAGAAGACAGAGGCAAUCUGGCUGGUGUUCAGCACAUUGUUCUGGUGCUCUCGGGAAAAGGAGGAGUGGGAAAGAGUACCAUUUCAACUGAGUUGGCUUUGGCUCUGCAUCAUGCUGGGAAAAAGGUUGGGAUCCUGGAUGUAGACCUCUGUGGCCCCAGCACCCCUUACAUGCUCAAUGCCCAAGACCACGAAGUUCACCAGUGCGACAGCGGCUGGGUGCCCGUCUAUGUUGGCCAAGACAAGAACAUUGCCCUCAUGUCCAUUGGCUUCCUUCUGGAGAAGUCAGAUGAUGCUGUGGUCUGGAGAGGACCAAAGAAAAAUGCUUUGAUCAAGCAGUUUGUCUCUGAUGUCGCCUGGGGAGAGCUUGACUUCUUGAUUGUAGAUACACCUCCCGGAACCUCUGAUGAGCACAUGGCCAUUGUAGAAGCUCUUCGGCCUUAUAAUCCUUUGGGAGCAGUUCUGGUCACUACACCACAGGCAGUUUCUGUGGGAGAUGUGAGGCGAGAACUGACAUUCUGCAAGAAGACUGGAUUGCGAGUCCUUGGAAUUGUGGAGAACAUGAGCAGCUUUGUCUGCCCACAUUGUUCGGAAUGCACAAAUCUCUUUUCCAAAGGCGGCGGACAAGAGCUGGCUGAACAUGCUGGAGUGCCAUUCCUUGGUUGCGUGCCCUUAGACCCUCAGCUCAGCCAGAUUGUGGAAGGAGGCGGGCAUCUCUUCCAAGAAUUUCCUAAGAGUUUGGCCUUCCCUGCGCUGGCCAGUAUCGCCCAUCAGAUUUUGACUGGGGCAUCUCAGUACAGUCAAUAAAGUGCGAGACAGAACAGGAAUCCACUCCUACAAUGCCUGCUUCUGACACGAAGGGGAAAGGACUCAACAACAGAAUCUGCAGUGAAUUUUGAAGAGAUUUGACUUGAUGGAAGCCGUUUCUCAGCAGCUCCAUCUCUCUUCCGGAUGAGUGACCAUAAUGUUUGCACUGUCUAUCUUUUAGAUCUAAGCACCCAAUAGGUUUGUUAUCCUUAGAUGCACUUAAAGCUUUGACAGGUCAGAGUGGAAACCUCUGUUUGAUAUAUUGCAAGAAAUUAAAUUUAGGCCUAAAAUAUUGCCUUUAUGAUUAAUCAGAAGCUAUCAGUGUAGUGAAUGGUUUAGACCAAGCAUGGGCAAACUUGGGCCCUCCAUGUGUUUUGAUUUCAACUCCCACAAUUCCUAACAGCCUCGGGCACCUUCCUUUUCCCCCUCAGCCAUUUAAGGAGAGAGCCUGAAGCUGUUAGGAAUUAUGGGAGUUGAAGUCCAUAACACUUGGAGGGCCCAAGUUCGCCCAUACCUGGUUUAGACUCAAAACCUCUUAAACUCUCGCAAGGCACCAAACAGGGUUUCCAACUUUCUUUGUUAUUUCAGAGACCCCUUGGCUAACACGAUUAGCUCAAACCCAAAAUGCCUGAUAUCUAAAUCAAUGGCCACAGUCAUAAUGUUCCCAUAUGUGCAAAUGAUAUUUUGUUUUUUAUUAAAAUUCUAAUUUUCCAACACUGA